AUGCCGGCCGAUUAUGCAACUACCGGCAUAAUAGCAUUAGUUGGCUGCAUAUUCCUUGUGGAUGGUACUUGGUCAGGUUGCUCGAAGAUAUUAAUCGAAAUAAUAUUCUUUCAUAGUAAACCAACUGAACAUUUUCCUCAUGUGACGAUCUCUCCAAAUUCCGUAUCGACGACAGACAAAUAUCUAUCUUCAGCAUCGAGUGUCACAAGCCACGUGUACAACUCUGUCAAGACUACCAACACUACUCCUAAAUUAAGCUCUUUAGAUCAGGAUAAUCGAGUCACGGCGAAAUAUCCAACUGUAACAAGGAGUCAUUUCAUCCCAACCAUGGCUCCUGUCAAUGAAAUCAUUACGACAACACCUGCAUCAGUGCCGACAACUUUCUCACAUCAUUCGACCAAUUCUUACAUUCACUUUACUUCACCAUCUAGCGAAACUUUACCGAGUUUAAAAACAAUUCAGACCACUGCAAGGCCAUUGACCACCUUACACAACGAAAAUAUCAUCUAUCAGGACACUUUCGAAAGAUCUACUAUCAUGCCGACCAUCGAAUCGCCUACCACGAGAAAUCAAAUACAGGAAAGCUUGACCACAUUGUUGAGGAGAGAAGGAUUGUUCGCAAUGGCUAAGUAUCUAAGGCAGUCGGGUCUGGAUAACGUAUUGAACGAAACUGGUCCAUACACAAUAUUUGUUCCGACGGAUAAAGCUUUUAGAACGCUCUUAGUACAACUUGGUGGCCCAGAAAAAGCGGAACAAAAAUUCCGAGAUAAUCCACGACUUCUUAGUGGACUUCUAUUACACCACGUGAUACCAGGAGCUUUUAGGAUUGAUUCCUUGCAAGAUGAAAUGACUGGUGUUAGCUUGGCUGGAACGCAAUUAAGAGUGAAUGAGUAUGCAAUGCACGAUCACGAAUGGAAUGACAUAAAGGUGACAACAAUUAAUGGUGCAAAAGUGGCCUCAAAUAAACGAGAUAUCGAAAUACCUCAAGGCAUCGCCCAUGCCGUAGAUAGGGUAAUGUUCCCACUUCCGGUUGGCGAUUUGGUACAAACAUUACAGGCUGAUCGUGAAAGAAGAUUCACCACUUUCUUAAAACUGCUUUACAUAUCAGGUCUUCAAGAUACUUUAUCAGGACCUAAAACUUUCACUGUUUUCGCUCCAACGGAUUCUGCUUUCGAAUCAACUUCGAAAGACGGAACACCAGUUUGGACAGAAGAAGAUGGACCAGAUGCUGCAAAAACAAUCAUUUCGAGACAUAUAAUUCCAUCGACUUUAUAUACAGCUGGAAUGAGGUAUUAUCUACAAAAAGAUACUCUUCGUCCGCAAUCGCCUCUCCAUAUUCACAAAAAUGGCGGUCGAGUACGAAUAAAUGAAGCACAUGUAAUAACGCAUAAUAUACCAGCAACAAAUGGAGUUUUACACGCAAUUGACAGUAUAUUAUAAUCGUGCAACAGCAAUUAAAUUUACUUUGAAAAAUUAUGCGUCUUAUACAAAAAUACAUAUUUCAAUUACAAAAUAUGAAAAUUAUUUAUAUAAUUAUAUCUUACUUUAAGUUAGUAAUAGUAAUAGUAGUUAAACAAAAAUCAUUACUUCUUUGUGAUUUACUAAAAAAAAAGUAAUAAGAUCUCAUAUGGGAUAAUCUAAUUUAAAUUUAAUUUACUAAAAAAAAUAUUAAUCUAAUAUAAAUGUUUUAUUUUUAGAAAUAAAUAAUAUUGAUAAGAUGAAAUUCCACAUUAAAAAAAAAGAAAAUUUUGAAAUUUUUAGAAGAGAUUA